UUCUUUCUAGUAUGUUUCUAAAAUCUUGUGUUUGGUGUUUUUUUCUUAUUGGUUAAGUAAGGGAUUGUUUUUUUUUUAAAGAUCCAGUCUAGAAAGUCCGACUCUUCAUCUCAAAGGCAACAUGAAAGCCGCGUUUUAUUGUAUUUGUGUUAUCCACUCUUAUAAAUUAGAGUACAGAUUGGCUUUAAAUAAAUAAAUAUAAUCAAAAUUAAAAGCGCAACGCACAAAACCCAUUUCCAAUAGAAGAACAUUCUCGAAUCGUCCGCCAAACUCAGCCAUGAAAGGAUCGCAAGAACAAGAGACUCACCAGUCCGAAGAGGCUCACCAGCCUCAUAUCGUUGAUCAAGAACAUCCCAAAAACAUUGAAACAGAGGACCAACAGCAACAACCUUCUUCGUCGUCUCCGGAUCCGAAGAAGUGGGGGACUCACGUGAUGGGAGCUCCGGCGGCUCCUGUAGCUCAUCCCGAUAAUCAGCAGGCGGCGGCGUGGGUCGCCGGAGAUAACCAGCAGAGGCAGUCCCAACCCUACAUCAUCUACUCUCCCGUCGAACAUCCCCCAACUAACAACCCUCUCGAGCCCGUCAUCGGAAUGUUCCAUACAUGGAGCCGCAAGGCCGAAACCGUCGCACGUAACCUCUGGCACAAUCUGAAGACGGGUCCGUCUAUGCCGGAAACCGCGUGGGGAAAGGUUAAUUUGACGGCGAAGGCGAUAACGAAGGGAGGAUUCGAAUCGCUUUUCAGGCAGAUCUUCGGAACGGAGCCGAGCGAGAAGCUGAAGAAGACUUUCGCAUGUUACCUCUCCACGACGACGGGCCCCGUCGCUGGGACUCUGUAUCUCUCCACUGCUCGCGUCGCUUUCUGCAGCGACCGGCCUCUCUUCUUCACCGCGCCUUCCGGCCAAGAAGCUUGGAGCUACUACAGGGUUGUGGUGCCGUUGGGGAAUGUGGGGACAGUGAAUCCGGUGGUGAUGAAGGAGAAUCCGCCGGAGAAGUAUAUUCAGGUGGCAACGGUGGACGGACAUGACUUCUGGUUCAUGGGCUUUGUGAAUUACGAGAAGGCUACGCAUCAUCUCUUGACCAGUGUCUCGGAUUCUCAAACCGCACAAAGCUCUGUGUCUAAUUAGAGCAUAUAUUGCUUAAUGUUUUUGUAUCUUUUCAGUAUGCUUUUUUUGUGAUUUAGUUUCUGCUUCCGGUGUUCUCUGUAUGUUAAUCAUCAGUUUAUGUAAAUUUUGUAUGUGUUUUGACAUUUGUAAGUAAUCUCUUCAUUUGUGUGUUGAUUAGAGUUGCUUUUUCACUUAUGUAUGAUGAUGAUUCCGUUUUGAAAUAGUUUGCAAUACACACUUGAAUAACCCG